UUUUUUUUUUUUAUAGAUUCAAAAUCGCCGUCAUUAGGCGAUGAAGUCAAGAAAGAACAAGGGAAAUACAACCUUACCUUCAGAAGAAGAUUCCAUCCAUCGAAAUGCAUUUUCAUUUCUAAAGAAUCGCUUCUUUUCUUCAAGUAAUAACAACAACAACAACAACAACAACAACAACAGCAACAACAACAACAACACUAAUAAUAACACUAUACAACAGACUGAAAAAAUAAAUGGCCCACGUCCUUCUAUUUCUUCUAUUCGAUCUGCUGUUAUAAAACCUUGGUCAAUAGAAACAAAAAAUGAGUUUACAGAAGAUAAACCUUUAUCGAGAUCCCUAGAUGACAACUCUUUGAUGGAAUUUACCUCCAAAGUACGACCAAUGUCCAUGAUGGGAAUGGAUUCUUUAUCAACUGAAUUACCAGCAACAAUUCAAAUUGCAAAACCUAAAGUAGACUCUGUCAAUGUUGAAAAAAGAACGAGUCUAAUUAUAGUAAAAGAAGGUUAUUUAUUUAAAAAGACUGAUUUUAGACCUUUUCAUAAACAAAAUGAUCGUGGAUGGAAAUUAUACCGAGUUGUUCUUAGAGGACAUAAAUUAUACCUUUAUAAACUAACAUCUGAAUCAUCUCUUCGAUCUUUAUCUCCAUCUUAUAAGUCUACAAGUCAUCACUCGUUAUCAAAUACAACAAUGAAACUCGUAAAAUCUGAUUUUGAUCGUGAAGCUCAACAACUCUUGUUUUUAUCAAAUUCGAAAGGUUGUGUAUUUAUGGAAUUGAAUCCAGUUACAAUGCUGGCAAAACAAGAGGUCUAUCUGGUACUCAUGCACGACACACUUUAUAUCUGUAUUCGUCCUGAUAUUGGCCAGUUAUGGAAGAUUGAAAAGAAAGUGCCUAUUCAGGACUUGAAAAUCGAAAUCAAUGAUACCAUCACACCUAUCUCUCCUGCUUCCUUUAGUUCAAUACAGUCGGAUUAUUCUAAUGGUCUUUUCUUUAAUCUCAUUCAUCGUCCCUCUACCUUCUUGGGUAUGUACUCUACUCAAUACCGUGAAUUAGGCCAAGCUUGGAUCAAUGUCUUUCAUCAGUUAGAAGAAGAUCAGAUUAAUAUGUGUGACGCUACACAAGAUAACUUGACUUGCCGGAAUCAUCGGUCCGACGAAAUCCAAGGAGGUAGUCUUCACGCCCUUGUACGCCAACUCUUUGAGGGAAAUCAUGAGUAUUUAAAUGUCUUUUUGUUAACUUAUUCUCUAUUUACAUCGGGUUCACAUGUUUUAAAUGAAAUCAAAUCGAUUUUGGAAGAAGGGGAACCUUCAUUUCAAUCACGUCUACUGGAGAUCUUUACUGUUUGGUGUGAACGAUAUGCGUUAGAUGUGAUGGGGGAUGUAGCAACUGUAAUGAUGGAGCUGUUAGAUAAAUAUAGUAAUACGAAUCAAGUCAAAGAGCUGGUUCUCAAGACUGUAGCUGAAAAUACAAAAAAGACAUGUGUGCAAGCCAUAGUGCCUACAAUGACAACAGCAAAGCCUUUAUCGUUAGAAGAUCAUGAUGAUGAUGAUGAUGAUGAUGAAAUACAAAAUACAAAUGAAGUAGAAAAUAUCAAUACAUGUCAAUUAGACAAUAAACGUCGUGAUUCUUCUAUCAAUCUAUCUAAUUUACUCAUCACAGGACUUACAAGGGAUAUUUUCUUACAGAUGGACCCCGCAAGUUUUGCACAACAAAUUUAUCUCUUUCAUUUCUCAAAGUAUAAACAGUUCCAACAAGACUUGUUAAAUCCAAUAUCUUAUUUGCCUCGACCUCAAACCUCUGCUCAGAUGCUAAACUCAUUACUCUUUACAACUACCUCUCCUCAUUUCUUAACAAGACUUAUACGAAAUCAAAUCUUAAUUGAUUCUCAAGAUGAUGCCGUCAUACGAUCUCAAUUGUUGGAGCAUUGGAUACAUAUUGGAUUAGAGUUAAUCAAAUUGGGCGAUAUGACGGGCUGGUGUGCUGUUGCAAUCGGUGUUUGUUCAGUCGGUAUUGUUCGUUUACGUGAAAGCUGGAAAUGCGUGAAUCGAGAGUUAGUCAAUCAUGUACAGACGGACUGGGUACGUCUAUUGGCUGAUUAUGGAUUAUUUACGCUGGACGUAUGGAAUGAGAGUUGGGGGGAACCGCCCAUGCUGAUACAGUUUUGUAAAGUGUUAGAUAUACAUGAUGUCUUUGCCAUCUAUGAACUUUCACCUACCUUACUCAACCUAGAAAUUCCUCAAAACCCUUUGCCCUUCUUUGGUACGAUUCGUCAAGCCGUUGAUCGCUUCAGAAAACACACAACAAAAAAAUUAGAAACACCAACUGCAGUCAACUUUCUUCAGUGUCAAUAUAUUUAUGAAAUGAUUACAACAAGUUUAAAUGAAUGGAUAAAUGACCAUCAUCCUCAGGUGCUAUCAGACAACAGUACCCCACUCAUUAGUCCUUUACAAUCUUUCUUUGAAUAUUCAGUGACUGAAUUUAUGUCGGUGCCGCAUAGUUACAAAUAUCUUCAAGAAUGCUCAUUAGCUUGUGAACCUAAAGUAUUUGGACAAAUCUUUAAUUGUACAACAUUCAAUAGACGAUCACAGAUACAACAAGCAACUAGUCCUUCAGAGCUCGCAACUCCUCCUUCAAUGUCUUGCUUGGUAUUCCCCAACAUCUUGAACAGUUUUAGUUUAUUAACAAAUGAGCCUAUCAUAAAAAAAAGGUCAAACACGAGUACAAAUCAGGGCUAUUCAACUACACAACAGUCAUUUAAAAAAACACAUCCACACAAGAACAACAGCAUUCGUUCUCUUCGGUCCCUUUUAGAAGAUGAUCGUAAUAAUAAUAAUAAUAACAGUAGUAGUAGUAGUAUUACUACUACUACUACUACUACUGCUACUACUGCUACUGCUACUGCUACUAAAAAACAAACAGGUAUUACUACACAAUCUAAUUCAAGUGCCAGUUUGGUGAAUACGUCUGAUACAGAUGCUCUUAUCAGCAAUUAUCGUAAAGCAUUCUGUCGUCGCACCUAUAGUUUCCCACCAGGUAGUAGUAGUAUGAAUGAAAGUAGUAGUAGUGUACAGACCAUUAGCACCAAGGCUACAACUACAACUACAACUACAGAUCUAUUAGAAUCAGAUGGUAAUCGAACCUGGCUAGGCUCUUUACUUUCAAAUCGAUCCCAUCGUACUUAUUCAACACGAACUCUAAUUGAAGCGCAUCGUAAGAGUCGUGCUGUUCAAUAUGAUAUGGACGGUGAUAUUGUUCUUUUUGUACACGACUUGGUUUUUAAGGUCUCUGCUAUUCUUAAAAAUGAAUCUGCUUUAAUUCUAUCAAAAGUUAAAGAGCCUAACCUUGAUUUUCUUAAAGAAAAAGGUGAUUACGAAGGUACGAAUGAUGAAGAUGUAUUACUUGUCACAAUCAAGUCUGGUAGUUUAGAGCAAUUAGUAGAUAUUCUUGUAUUCGGUCUAUCAAAUUAUGAGUCAAGUCUUAGGGAACAAUGGCAAAUGAGUUUAUUAUCAGAAGGGCUUCAACAACGUAAAUUAAAAAGAGUCAUCAUGGAUGAAAAAGAAUACGUUCAAACUUUUUUUAUGACAUAUCGUAUUUAUUGCUCAUCAAACGAAUUGCUUAAUAUGUUUAGAAAACGAUUUUUGGGAACUAAACAACGAUGUAAGUCUACUUUGAAACGAACGAGCUCGAUCAGUUUGUUAGAGACCUAUUUUACGCCCAUGGAUACCAAGACAGAUGACAUACUGAUGUAUGAUUGGAAAAAGGUAGCUAAGAUUCAACUUCGUGUGCUCAAUUUAUUAUUAUAUUGGGUUCAAAUGUAUCCAUACGAUUUUGCCGAUGACAUAGAGGUAACACAUUAUAUAAGCCAAUUCUUACGACAAGCACGGAGGGCGCUUGAAGAAUGGUCAGUACCGCUUGCCAAAUGUCAUGAUGAAGAUAUUAAACCAGAACAUGCAGAGGCACUCAAGACAGCAGCAAUGAUUAAACAGCGCAUCAUCGAUAUUCGAGAACAGUUUGUGAACAAGAGUUUAGACCCUUGUUAUGACAUGAAGGCAGUUCACUUUGACCCUGAAGUGAUUCGUACGGUUGAGUCCGUCUAUAGUCAAUUAAACCAAACCAAAGAUCGCUAUCAUAUUACACUUCAAUUAGCAACUAACAAAUCAAUGCCUCUUUCAAUCUCGACCCAAACACACAACGACAUAGAUACUACCACCAAGAGCCCUCUAGAUCAAUUUUCUUCUGAUACUUUAUUAGAUCAAGUUAACCAUGCUGUACAUCAAUUAUUUAGUACCAUUACUCUACAGGAAUGGAUACAGACAUUUGGUAUCUUGGAAGCACAACUAGAGGAUAUCCAUGCAUGGUUACCUCCUCGUAAGCCAUCUCGAACCUCUCGUCUUAACGCUGCAUUGGCCCCUGUCUUGUUUGCACCUACCUCCUUUUUAUCUAGCCAUCAUGUCCUUCUCGAGGAUGUGGUUGUGUCCGAUAUCUUUACAGCAAUCGAAAGUGCCAAGCGAUCAUUGGUUGCUCCCUCCGCCUAUACAGAUGAUGACCUCCUCUUGGCCUUUCCUAGUUCAAUUCAAUACCUUUACUACUUGCAUUUUAUUAUUCGUAGUUGGGUUAUAAGUGAAAUCAUAGCGACUCACAUUGACUCCAAAACACGUUUCUCGCGUAUUGAAAAGUUCUUGCAAAUGAUUAUGUCUAGUAGAUUAAUGAGUCAGAGGAUGACAGUUUCGACAGAUAGUCACGUGGGUCGUAUGCCCGGUUUCGUAGAGUACGCCAUUGCAACUGCACUCGUCAGUCCUGAGGUUCGACUGUUUACAAAGGCAUGGAGCGAUAUCGCUGUUCAUUAUGGCCAUGCCAACUUGGACACCCUUGAAAACCUUUUAAGUCAAAUUCAAUUGAUGAAGAAUGUCGUCUCAACCACUGUGACUACUACAAAUAAUAAUAAUAAUAAUAGUACAACAGUUGUACCAAGUUUAGGUUGGAUCUUUGAGCGUAUCAUUGAAUUAUGUACACAUUCUCCUGAUGCCCCUGCUGAGAACAGACAGAUGAUUCAUUUCGACAAGCGACGUAGCCUUUAUCAAUUUAUGCAAUUCAUCAUGAAUAUCCAACAAGACCUCAAUGAACAACCCGCUGAAGCAAAAGGUCUCAGUAUGUCAUUUUUGAUUUCGCCAAAUAAAUCUACGAAAAGUUGGAAGGAUCUCAAGGAAUUUGCAAUACGAGAAAAUAAAAGGUCAGUCAAUAGUCUUGUGGUCAGAACUACAUCGAGCAAGGGCAGCAUUCGACAUAUCGUCUUUAGCAAAUUAGUGACAGAGCAAUUAGAAAAAUUAAAACGUGACUUUAAAGAACGAGACAGGAUGGACAGGGAAUGGCUUACAUUGCAGCAAAAGUUACAAAAGAAGCAGCUUGAACAAGCUCGAUUAGUGGAAAAACAAGACCGAAAAACAAGCCAUAAUAACAAGUCGUUACCAACAAGUCAACCACAGCAUCAUCAUCAUCAUAAUGGUGUUAUGCCUCGUCUUAAUUCCUUUUUACGUGGUUUGCGUCCACAGUCCAUGGUGGGUACACAUUCGAUUGUUGAUCGUGAUGCAACUACUAAGGCCUCUACAGUCAUCAACUUGAUUCAUGCUACAACAUCAGUUGCCAGUACGUAUACUAAACGAGAUUUUGUGUUUCGUGUUGUAACCGAAGAAGGUGGGCAAUAUUUGUUUCAAGCCGUUCAUCGUGAAGAUAUGCAUGACUGGUUGCAAGAGAUUAAUAAUGCAUCUCGUGAGGCUGCAGCUAAACGACAAUCCGUCUUGGCAGCCGAAUCGAUGGAACACGAUAAUCAUGAGGCCUUUUUAAUGGAUAAUAAUAAUAAUAAUAAUAAUCGUAAUCAGCCAGCCUCUCGUACAUCCGUUUAUGGAGUUAAACUGGAAACACUUAUGCAUGACAACAUGAUUCCUAUUGUUGUAGAGAAAUGUAUACGUGAAAUUGAAAGACGUGGAUUAGAAGAGGUGGGCAUUUAUCGUGUAGCUGGUACUGGAUCUGUCGUUAGUGCACUUAAAGCAGAAUUUAAUAAGGAUGCAACUAAAGUAGAUUUAAGUCAACCUAAAUGGAUGGAUAUUAAUGUCAUUGCAGAUGCUUUUAAACAAUUCUUGAGAGAGUUGCCCGAGCCAUUAUUGACUUACACUUACUAUAACGAGUUCAUCAUGGCAUCAGCUUCUGAAGAUCAUGAUGAACGUAUUUAUUUGCUCAAAAAGGUUUUAAAGAAACUGCCUCACUGUAAUUAUGUUUUAUUAAAAAGAAUUAUUGAACAUUUUGUCAUUGUCACUGAUUUUGAAGCAACAAAUCAUAUGUAUGCAACUAAUUUAGCCAUUGUAUUUGGACCCACACUAUUACAGCCAGCACCAGGACCAGCAUCAUUUGCAACUACUAUGUCUAAUUUAGGUCAUCAUCAAAAUAUUGUAAAAUAUUUUAUAUUAAAUUAUCAUUAUUUGUUUGACAUUGAAUCUGAAGAAGUCUAUCUGUCAACUAAUAAUAGCAAACCUGAAGAGCAAGUUCAUAAUGAAGUUUAAUUUUUUUUAACGCACACACUCCAUCUCCUUUAAGUAAAUGGCUGGACCAUCACUUUAAACGAAAAAAAAAAGUAAUACGUCCUUUUUUUUUUCCUUUACUAUUACUAAAUAUGAAAGAUAAAUUCUAUUAUACACUAUUACAACUAUAAUAUUAAUAAUAAAAUAUUUUACUAUUAUAUACAUACU